AUGCCGCCUAAAUCAAAGUCAAUAUUCCGACAACCAGGAGUACAGCACUUCCAACUUGUUCAUCGUUCCCAGCGUGACCCGCUCAUCAACGACCCUUCUGCUUCAAAGCAUGUACUGAAGGGCUUCGAGCGGAGUAAUGUCACUCGCAAGGGUAAAUCAAGAGCAGAGCUGGAGAGCAUCCUUGGUGAAGAGGCGACCCACGAGCGGGCAAACGUCGGCGAAGCAGCGCUCUAUGAAAUCUACUUCGACGACACCGAAUAUGACUACAUGCAGCACCUGCGUCCUAUCGGUUCUGCCGAAGAAGGGGUGAUCGAUUCCGUUCUCCUUGAGGCACCUGCAGCUUCACAUACUAAAUCGAAGGGCAAGGGCAAGGCGGGGGAUCUUGAGCUCCGCUUGCCGGCGGAUGCGCUGCCUUCCCAGAAGUUGAUGAGCCAGCAGGAAGCGCAGGACUCGCUUCUCUCUGUGCCCCAGGCCCUCACAGGAUUUCAGCCGGAUAUGGACCCACAUUUGCGGCAGACACUCGAGGCGCUCGAGGACGACGCGUUUGUCAUGCCUGAUGCCGAGGAGGAAGGUGAAGAUGGAGAGGACUUUUUCGGGGAGCUCCUUGGGGGAGGGGAGGUAGAGGAUGGGGAAGAGAGAGAGGAAUAUGAGUUUGAAGAAUGGGGCAUGGAUGAGCAUGGCCAGUCGUUGGAACCUGGGCCUCAUGCACAAGAAGGAGAAGAGGUGGACGACCUGACAAGGAGGGUGAAAGCGUUCAAACUUGCUCAGGCAAGAGGGAAGGAUGAGCCAGAAGGAGGCUCUGAAGAGGAGGGUUCGAACGAAGAAGUCGAAGAGAUCGAGUUAUCCGAAUCGGAGGUGGACGCUCUCCGCGCCCGGCUUUCUGCCUUCCAACUCACGCACAAGGGCCCAGCGUCUGACGCAUGGUCUGACACGGAAAAAGACGACUUCCGCUCCGAGGCGGGGUCCACGCUACCCCCUUUGCCUGUCAUCGGGGGAAAGAGAAGGAGGAAGGGCGCCUACUCGGACGCUUCAGGCUUUUCGAUGAGCUCCUCAUCCGUCUGGAGGAGCAGGGGCCAGCAGUUGGUGGACGACAGGUUUGAUGUGGUGGAGAAGGCUUACGAAGAGGGGGCGUCGGACGAGGAGCGCGAAAACGAGGAAGAAGAAGAAGAAGAAGACGGACCCCCGACCCUGGUAAACAGCCGCUCCGACUUCGAAGCCGUCAUCGAUGGGUUCAUGCAACAGUAUGAGCAGGUGGGGAACCACGUACGGCCGGCCAGCGAGAAGCUUGACACAUUGCGUCGAGCUCUGGCACAGGAUCUGAGGCUGACAGAUCGGAUGGUGCGGAGUGGGGGGGAUACGGACGAGGAGAUUUUGAUGCCUGUGGAUGUUGAUGAGGUGAAGGACACGUGGGACGUGGAGACAAUCCUGUCGACGUACUCGAACUUGGACAACCAUCCUCGCGUGAUAUCUGCGAGAGCCAGCACCGGCUCGGGGGUAAAGCGUAUCCGACUGGACACACGUACGGGUCUGCCUACCGUUAACGAAGAAGGCACGGUCGAACCUCGAUCACGCCGAUCAGCACGGGAGGACCAGCCUUCGUCUGAGAAACGGCAAAAGCUGGCCCCGAAAGUCACUGUGGCUCGGCCGAAGGAUGAGUCGAAGGAUGAAAAGAAGGCACGGAAGGCUGCUGUCAAGCAGGAGCGACAGGAACGGAGGGUGGAGAAGAAGGCGACCAAGACGGCCUUCUCUACUGAGCGGAAGAGUCAACUCAGGAAUGCGCCUGCGCUUUCUGUUUCUGCGGUUGCUAUGAAGCUGUGAGUCAUGGAGUCUGGAAAGGUUGUCAUGUUUUGUGGUCAUUGUAAUUUAUUGCGCAUUCUUCAUUAAUCUACGUCAGAACGGAUGAUAAC